AUGGCUACUUCCCAAGCGCUGACGAAGCGCGCUGUAGAGUCUGCCGUGGCUCUGAUGCCUCCGCCGCCAGUGAAAAGGAUCAAGCGCCCCCCGAAGGUUUUGGACGAAGACGACUACACAGACGCCUUAUCAAAGAUCAUAGCGCGAGACUAUUUUCCAGGUCUGGAGGAAAGUCGUGCGCAGAAUGAGUAUCUUGCAGCACUAGAGUCCGGCAAUCAGGCAUGGAUCGCGGAGGCAUCUCAGAAACUUCGGGCCACUAUCAGCGAGAAAACGGCCCAGGGUCCCCGGGUGGCGAGAAACCCCAAAUACGACAGCACGGCUGGGACUCCGCGCAGAGCUUCUUCAACGGCAGAUACUCCUCGAGGGUAUGAUGGCAGCCAGACGCCGAUGAGUGUCAUCACAGAGCCCACUAUGGAGUCAGGCGGCACGGCAGAGAUCGACAUCUCCAACCAUUCCCUCUCCUCUUUCCAAUCAAAAUACACCUCAGAAGACAACGCCUCCUUCAACGACGUCCUCGACAACCAGAACAAACGCCGCCGCGAGAAGCAUGCCUACAUGUGGACCGAAGACCAACGCAUCCCGACCGCCCGCCAAAUCGCCCACCGAGCAGAACAGCAACGCCUGCUAAUCGACAAAGCAACCUCAGACGCUGAAGCCGCCAAGCACGGCGACAAGGCCCUUAUUCCACUCACCACCGGCGCGGACGGCACUCGCUCUGCCAAGCCUGACGCCUGGAAAGUCAAGCGGCCGGAUAACACGUUCAUGUUCUUCCCGGAUGACGUUGCUGAAACAGACCCAAACCUCACCACGACUCAAGAGCAGAAGGAGCUUGACUCGAGAGCUGGGCCAAAGGAGACCCUGCACCAAAACACUCGCUUCCCACCACUAUACGCACUUGCCUCCCAAAAUAACACACCAAGCAGAGUCCCCGCCUCACCCAGCCUCAACACCGACAUCCUCGCCCAUCGCGAAGCCGACGACUACGACGGCGCCGCCACACCUCGCGUGAACGGCUACGCAUACGUUGACGAGGACGAGCCCCAGCCAGAGCCCCCCACCACAAAAGCACCCUCGCCUUCCUAUCGAGACCUUCUCGCAGGGCAAGCACCCUCGCCUUCACCUUUCCACCUCACCACCCAACCAAAGCGCGAAGCGCUACACCACCGCCUCGUAGAGAAGACCGCGAGCGCGAAGCGUAGUAAGGAGCGGGAGGCGCUGCUGGAUGGUACGCCGCUUGCUGCAUCAUCGCACACAGAUAGGUCCUCCUUUGGUGCUACUCCCGGGACCGCCAUAGGCAACAGUAAGAAACAGCAGCAGCUAGCAGGUAAUAUGACUCCCGCGGCAGCGCGGUUGCUGCAGCGGGUCGGCAAGACGCCUGUUCGCAGCAGCAGUACCGCUACUAGAAUGAGCAGUAAGGAUUUGUGGACGCCGACACCGCGCAGGAAAGGGGCGAAGUAG